AUGACGGAUUCUCCGAAUCCGUCCCAGUGGAAGUUCCACAAAGCAUGGUACCUCAUCCGGAGAUAUGGGAAAAAGGAAAAACAUGGAAAUGCUAAAAGCAAACAACCAAGACAUGAAAGCUCUUCUGGUAACCAUAAAGGUCCCUAUAAUAGAGGUAGCCACACUGGACAAACAGAUAGGAUUCAAAAUCGCAGAAUUAUUCAGCGAGAUGUGGACAAUUCUGAUCCCGAUGAACUUAACCAAGGUCACAGUGGAUAUCAAAUCUCCAAGCAUCCUGACAAGGGGGAACUUUAUCGUCUCACUGAACCCCCUGAAUACCAUGAUCAACAUCAACAUACCACAACCACCCCUGGGACCUCGAUUCAAUCUUCUGCUAAUGGCAGGUCGGGUGGCCUCGUCUUAAUGUGGAAGGAUGAUAUGUUUAACAUCACUGACAUAUCUAUUACUCCCCAAAGUAUUCGUGUUGAUGUCAAGAAAAUCGACAACAACCGCCCACGCCACCAGCAAAAUCACCCUCACGCCGGCGCUGACCACCACCGGUGGGUCAGCCUCCGUCGAACAAUCCCAAGACAUUCGUCCACCAGUCAGCUUCAAAACAUUAGCCGCCCGAUGCCGAAAUCUCCACUGGCGGACAACAACAACAUAGCCGGUAGUCAAAAAACGCCAUCUUCGCCAGUCACUUGUCUGCCGUCUCUCCUCUUUUCUCCGCCAAAAUUCGCUGCUGCUCUAGGCAACCAGUCUGUCACCAUCGCUAUUUCAGGCAAACAUUUCCAGAAUUUCUCAAAUACGACGAAUUCACUUGUCUUAACGGCUCUCUCUCUCUCGCCUCGCCCCGGUCCACGGCCUUCGGCGCCGUCGCCGGCCUUCGGCGCCGUCGCCGACCGUCGGCGCCGACCCGACCCGACCACCGGUCCCCGGCGUCGACCGCCGUUGCCGGCCAAACGGCUUUCUCUCUCUCCCUACCCUCUCUCUCUCCCGCGCCCCGGUCUCCGGCCCCGUCGCCGUCGCCGACCUACGGCGCCGACCCGACCGCCGGUCACCGACGCCGACCCCCGGCCCCGACCGUCGGUCACCGACGCCGACCCCCUUCGCCGAACGCCGGUUCCCCCCCCGCUGUACCCCCCCUUCUCUGUCCAGACCCCCACCCCCACCCCCACCCCCACCCCCCUCCUCCGGCGCCGUUACAAUAGUGCAACAGCCGAAGCUCGGUCUUCAGCCGCAACUGCCGCUCGGUCGCCAGCAGCCGUAGAUCCAUCUCAGCAGCGAAAUCCCCCGGCAGCAGGUCGACACGGGGCUUGGUUGCCGGCUUGGUCUACAAGCGAAAUCUGGUGA